GGUAAUGUAAACUCUUCUCCUUUUUCGGGUUUCAAUUUGGUUGAGGCAAUGAAGAAGACAUCUGGAAAGCGUCGAAAGCAUACAAAUAAGAGGAAACAACACGAUUCUCAACCAGCUUCACUGCCACCUACAAGUCACUCCAGGCAGCCAGAUGUAGGUCCUCUUAAGGAGAAUUCAUUGCCACCACCCAUUCCUCCUCAAUCAACUUCACUGCCAUCUGUCGCUCCUACUCAACAACAUUCACGACCAUCUGCUAUUACUCAUAUGUCGACAUCAUUACCCCCUAGUUUUCCUCCUCUGUCGACCUCAUUACCAUCUUCAUUUUUUAAGGUACCACCAUGUGGGCCUAUCCAAAAUAACUCCACAGCUUCUCAUGGCAGGAGUACAAGUCUUCCUAAUAAUAUUGUUCCCACACCUCGUAUAAAUUCUUCUUCGAGCUGUCAUAUCAGUCAAAAAGGUAGCUCCUCAUCUCUGCUUCCAUCAUCAACUCAAGUUGUAUCUCCAGCAUCAUCGACACCUAGUAUAUCUAGGUCAAAUAUUGGAGGCCCUGUACCAGCAUCACCAUCUGUGAUCAGUAGUAGUACUACUACACCUGCUUGUGCAAAGACUCAAUAUGCUGGAGAUAUCAGAGAAUAUGAUGCUUUUCAUAGGCUAAUUAUCACCCCCGAUGAGGAUGGGUUUGCGCCAUCUUAUCUUGGCUCGCGCAUGGUUGCAGAAUCUAUUACACCAUUCUUCGAUGAUGCUUGGGGUAGAUGGAAAGAAUUUCCCUACAAUAUCAGAGAACAAAUAUGGAAUCAAUUUAAGACGAAGUGUGUAUGGCAGCCAUGUUAUGAGAAUAAAAUAAAUUCCAUUUUUGAGAAGAAUGCUCGUAUACGAGUUACUGAAAUGUUGUUUGUAGCUCGAAAAAAUAAUGAGAAGCCCAGUUGGCUACGAGCAGAUAUAUGGGUUAAAUUUUUGGAGAAAUGGAACACUCCUGAAUUUAAGGUGAAGUGUGAGCGAGCAAAGGCAGCUCGGGCCUCCGUAAAGGGUGGCUCUUUACACACCGGAGGUUCUAUGAGUUACGCAGCCCACAAACGAAAAAUGACAAAGUUAAAGGGUGCAGAAGUGUCUAAUUCUGAGGUAUUUGAGGAGACACAUAAGAAAAGAAAUAAGGAUGGUACAAGGGGAGAAUGGAUAGAGCCACGUGCAGAGGAGACAUUUGUUGGAUUUCAGAGAGGCUUGGAUGAAUGGCAUCAGGCACAUCCUACUUCAGAUGCGGAUUCCACAUCAUCUAGUGAUAUUACAUCAAUAUGGACAAAUGUGGCAGGAGGUGUUAAGAAAGGUAGAGUUUACAGGCUUGGAGCACAACCUUCCUCGUUUCAUCCAUCAUCAUUGUUGUCUGGUGCUUCUACUUCUCAAUCUUCGGAAGAAAUGGAAGCAAUGCGAAGACAAAUUUCAGAGCUUACAGAACGACUUCAAUCAUCUGAAGCUAACUUUGCUAAAGUGCAGAAAUUCAUGGAGAAACAUAUGGCUGAAUCUGAUGAAAGUGAAGGGACCGACUCUGAUGAAGAGUAGUUUGUUUUAUGGUUGUUUAGACAUUUUCUAUGAGAUUUAGACGUGUUUUGAACUAUCUACUUCCUUUUUGAAUAACAACUUAAUACUUAUUAGAUUUGAUUUUGAUGAUGCUUGAGCUUUUAGACUCAAUUGAAUUGAAUUGAAUGCAAUUUGAAUGUUUAGGAAUGUAUUCGAUGUUCGAUUUUA